GUGUUUCUCUUGUUUGUGUGAGUAAUGUCUCCGCUCCGCCAUUGGAUUUCGUUAUAGCCGAGAAUUGAAAAAGGUUGUACCUUUUAAAUCGGCAAAAAUCUUAAUAAUCUCUUUCUCUUCGCUCAUUUUCUUCAGUCAUAUUUCGUGCACAAACAUUGUAUCCGAUGGCAGACAGAGACACAGAUGAGUUAAACAUUGAUAACGUAAUAAAAAAAUUAUUAAAAGUUCGGGGCGAGAAGCCUGGUAUGAAUGUACAGUUAACUGAAAUUGAAAUAAAAGGGCUAUGCCUUAAAUCUCGGGAAAUAUUCUUGUCACAACCCAUUCUACUUGAAUUAGAAGCUCCGUUAAAAAUAUGCGGUGACAUUCAUGGUCAGUAUUACGACCUGUUAAGGUUGUUUGAGUAUGGUGGUUUCCCUCCGGAAUCCAACUACCUGUUCCUCGGGGACUAUGUAGACCGCGGCAAGCAGUCACUGGAGACAAUAUGUCUGCUCCUCGCAUACAAGAUCAAGUAUCCAGAAAACUUCUUCCUCUUACGAGGUAACCAUGAAUGUGCCAGCAUUAAUAGGAUUUAUGGGUUCUACGACGAGUGCAAAAGAAGGUACAACAUCAAGUUAUGGAAGACUUUCACAGACUGCUUUAACUGCCUACCCGUCGCUGCGAUAGUGGAUGAGAAGAUAUUCUGCUGCCACGGCGGGCUGUCGCCGGAUCUGCAGGCGAUGGAGCAGAUCCGGCGCAUCAUGCGGCCGACAGACGUGCCCGACCAGGGGCUGCUGUGCGACCUGCUGUGGUCCGACCCCGACAAGGAUGUGGCCGGCUGGGGCGAGAACGACCGCGGAGUUAGCUUUACCUUCGGCACAGAGGUGGUGGGCAAGUUCCUGUCGAAGCACGAGUUCGACCUGAUCUGCCGCGCGCACCAGGUGGUGGAGGACGGGUACGAGUUCUUCGCGAAGCGGCAGCUGGUGACGCUGUUCUCGGCGCCCAACUACUGCGGCGAGUUCGACAACGCGGGCGCGCUCAUGUCCGUCGACGAGACGCUCAUGUGCUCCUUCCAGAUCCUCAAGCCCGCGGACAAGCGCAAGCUCUACUCCGGCCUCAACAUGGGCCGCCCCAACACGCCGCCGCGCGCGCAGCCCAAGAACAAGAAGAACUAGUGGCCGCCCCCCGCGCCCCGCGCCCCGCCCCGCGCCGCCCGCACGCUCACACACACACACACACACACACACAGCGACAGACACACGCGCAAAUACAAAAUGGCGUCGCAAACUGACAAACCAUUUUUUAAUGUGUUGUUCACGUUUGUCAGCGCACGUGACGUCGGCCGCUGUGUCGUGUCAUAUUUUGUAAGUUUGGACGUCGCAUACACUUUUGUAUGAUUGUAAUUAACUGAACAAUGAAAUAUUACAAGCGUUGUCUGACACUGAGACAACGCGCCGCGGAGCUCGCUUCUCUUACACCUCACAUGACAAUACUUGUAAUGGAAAUGUUUUUAUAUACGUAUGGUGAGUGUGUGUUGCGCUGUGCUGCGCUGUGCCGCGCUGUGCCGUGCUGUGCCGCGCUGUGCUUCAACACGAACUGACGGCGGUGUCGUAGUUCAAUGCACGCCGCAUAGUUUCGUUGUGCCGACCCUUUUGUACUUUAAUUUAAAACGAAUGUCUUCUAGUUCCGCUCUGUGUCAGUGAUAUCAGCAUGUAAUUUUAUUUUUUUUACCGUAGUCGUGGAAGUGUCGAUGUGAUGAAUGGUGUAUGUUCGUUUAGAUGUUUGUGUGCGCUUGUGUCCGACACCCGGCGCCGGCCGCCCCGCGCCAGCCGGACGGCGGCCGUGGCAUCCGUCGACGUAAUCGAUAAACUUGUAAUAAUUAGUAAGCGUAACAUAAUGUAGUUUUUUGAAAAACUUGUAAAAGUAAUCGUUCCGUCUCGCUCUCGCGCCGGCGGAGCGCCUGCGCCCGUUAAUAUUGAAUUUGUAUUUUAAACUAUAAGUAAAUUAUGAUUAAUAAAUCGAAAUGAAAUCUUAAUUUUUGUUUGAACUUCCGACAACUGAAUGAAUCGAGUAUGAAGUCAAAUGUAAGGAGCGCGUGUGACGUCACGUCGCUGGCAGCGGACACGCGCCACCAACACGUGAGCAUUUGAAUCAAACAUGUAUGAACAAUUGUGUAUUUCAUAAAUAAAUAAUUUUAAAACGAAA